CGGACCAGCGGAUGGAGAGAGAGAGAGAGAGAGAGAGAGCGUCACAAGAAGACAGAAGGACGGAUACAAGGCGAGGCCAGCAGCGGAAAAUCGUGUCUCUCCUGACUGUCCAGCUAUUGUAUCUUUUGUAUGUCAGUGUUAUUUUGUAGGGCGACAUCUGCUUUUUAAAAAAACACGCAGUCGUUCCCACAGGCUAUCGGUCCUGAUGUGCCGCUGCGCCUCAUCACGAUUCUUCAAGGAUAUGCUGUUACCACAUCGACGGCAUUUCCCUUAAAUGCAAGGAUGUAAGUGAAACAUGUCGGAACCACACGAUCACUGCUGACAACUGUGCUCGACGAGCCGAAGACAUCGACGCCGCAGCCGGAGCAGCCUGGGUUCGUGCCUGCGUUUGCGCCUAAUUAUUGUUUUUGCGCGCGACCGUGAAUUUUCCUGCCCCGCAUCCGUCGGCGCUACAAGGCCUCCAGCCCGCAUCGUCUCUGGGCAUGAAACCCGUGGGAAUUAUGAUACCAACGUGACGCACAGCCACACAGCUCAGCGGGGGGAAGACAUCGAGACUCGACCGAGGGUGUGAGGUCCAGCAGAGCCCCGCACAGCGCGCCGAUCACAGGAGGACGCCCAAUUGUUGUUGAGCCCCUCGCGCCAAUGACUGCCGUGUAGUUCAGCAGGUAUCGCCCACCACACUGAAUAUUUUAUUUGUACAUGCAUCUGGACGAGCGGAGCCGGAGAAAGGGAGGAGAGCACAGUGGGUGAGGGCGCGUAGCGACAGGAUGCGGGAGACGCAGUGAGCGAGGAGGAGGAGGAGGGAAACCGCGGGAUUGACGGCUCUCCGAGCGUGGAUGGUGGUGUGACGUGCUAACUCUUCCUGCCCAGUAUGGCUGUGCCACUGUGGUCCCUGGGGGUGUGUGUGCUCAUUCUGGCUCAUGUGCCCCCCUCCAGCCAAGCUAUGUCCCGGGCGGCCAUGCCUUUCGGCCUGCUGCGCCGGGAACUGGCGUGUGAGGGCUACCCCAUAGAGCUGCGCUGCCCAGGAAGCGACGUGGUCAUGGUGGAGACCGCCAAUUACGGACGCACUGAUGACAAGAUCUGUGAUGCAGACCCGUUCCAAAUGGAGAACACGCAAUGUUACCUCCCUGACGCACUGAAGAUUAUGGCUCAGAGAUGUAACAACAGGACCCAAUGUGUGGUGGUUGCUGGGGUCGAUGUCUUCCCAGACCCGUGUCCUGGUACUUACAAGUAUUUGGAGAUCCAGUAUGAAUGUGUCCCUUAUAAAGUGGACCAAAAAGUUUUCGUGUGUCCGGGCUCACUGCUCAGCAUCCAGCCGGCCUCCUCGCUCCUGGAGGCGGAGCAUCAGUCGGGGGCGUGGUGCAAGGACCCGCUGCAGGCUGGCGACAGGCUCUACGUCAUGCCGUGGACGCCAUAUAGGACGGAGUUGCUGUGCGAGUAUGCCUCCUGGGAUGACUACCGACAAAACCGAGUGACCACCACCUACAAGUUGCCAAGUCGUGUGGACGGCACGGGCUUCGUAGUGUAUGAUGGUGCUGUAUUUUACAACAAGGAGCGAACGCGUAACCUGGUCAAGUACGACCUGCGGACGCGGAUAAAGAGCGGUGAGGCCGUGGUCGUCAAUGCCAAUUACCACGAUACCUCGCCUUACCGCUGGGGAGGGAAGUCAGACAUUGAUCUGGCCGUGGACGAGAACGGCCUUUGGGUGAUCUACUCCACAGAAGCCAAUAACGGACGCAUUGUAGUCAGCCAGGUGAACCCCUACACGCUGCGCUUCGAGGGGACGUGGGCCACUGGCUUUGACAAACGUGGCGCUAGCAACGCCUUCAUGGCCUGCGGCGUGCUCUACGCCGUGCGCUCCGUCUUCCAGGACGACGAAGGGCAGGCAGAGGGCCGGGCCGGCAGCGACAUGGUGGUCUACGCCUACGACACCAGCCGUGGACAGGAGCUGCCCGUCCAGAUACCGUUCCCCAACCCCUACCAGUAUAUCUCUUCCAUAGACUACAACCCCAGAGACAACCAACUGUACGUGUGGAACAACUACUACGUGCUCCGAUACCCACUGCAGUUCACGCCGCCACCACCCACUAAAGGUCCUCUCUCCUCUCUGAUGACAACUGUCCGCUCCUACACUGCUACUGUUGCACUGAGCCCAGUGCGGCCGUCGGCCUCUCACCCAAUCGGCGUCAUCAACCGAGGAUCCUUUGACCAAAGGCCUAUCACAGCCAUGGUCCCUUUGACCCCGCGGCCUCCUCUGCGUGUCCCCUUGGCUCCCGGGGGCCCUGGUCAGGUGGGCGGAUGUGAGGGCCGGGUUGCGCGAGGGGUGCAAUGGCCCCCCACCCUGAAGGGAGAGAUCGUGGAAAGGCCUUGCCCUAAAGGGUCACUGGGUAUAGCCUCGUAUCAGUGCGUGCUGUCUCCAGUGGGCUGGAGCUCAAGAGGGCCUGACCUUUCCAACUGUACCUCUCCCUGGGUCAGCCAAAUCGCACAGAAGAUCAAGAGUGGGGAGAAUGCGGCCAACAUUGCUGGGGAGUUAGUCAACUUGACCCGGGGCCAGAUCUAUGCUGGUGAUGUCAGCAUGUCUGUCAAGCUCAUUGAACAGCUAUUGGACAUCCUGGACUCCCAGCUCCAGGCCUUGAGACCAGCCAAUAAAGAGUCUGCAGCACGCAAUUACAACAAGCUGCAGAAGAGGGAACGAACAUGCAGAGCCUAUGUUCAGGCUGUCGUUCAGACCGUUGAUAACCUGUUGGGUCCCAAAGCGCUGGUGUCCUGGAACGAUAUGAGCAGCAAUGACCAAUCACGCGCUGCGUCGCUGCUGUUGGAUGCAGUAGAGAAAGGAGCGUUUCUAUUGGCCAACAACCUCUACGAAGGCCGCUUCAGCGACAGAGCCCCUAACGUUGAUUUGGAGGUGUAUGUGCUGAAUACGGAGGCGGACAUACAGGACCUGACGUUCCCUCACUCCUACGACAGUGACAGCAUCUUACAGAUAACGGCAGUGGCUCUGCAGCAGUACAGCAACAACGGCCAGGUGAAGCUCGUCCUGUCGCUCUAUAAGAACCUGGGCACCUUCUUAACCACCCUGAACUCCACGCUGAGGCUGGGUGUGGGUCUGAGCUCCGACGCCAAACUGGUGGUGAACUCUCAUGUCAUCUCUGCCUCUGUGCACCGAGGGUCCAACAGGGUUUACCUGUCGGAGCCGGUGAUCUUCACUCUCCGACACCUGCAGCUGGAGAACCACUUUGGACCCAACUGCUCUUUCUGGAACGCAUCGGGUGUUUCCGGGAGUGGCAGGUGGUCGACACAGGGCUGCCGCCUGUUACACACCAACAACACACACACCACCUGCGCCUGCAACCACCUGUCCAGCUAUGCCGUCCUGAUGACUUACCAGCAGCCUGCUCGUGGGGACGGCGUGGAGGAGCUUCUGGACUACGUGGUGUUCUGGGUCGGCAUCUCCGUGGCCCUGGUCUGCUUGGCCACCUGUCUUACCACCCUGUGCUGCCAGGGGGCACCCUGGCACACAGACCACAGCACCAUCCACCUCAACCUGUGGGCCAACCUGCUCGUCACCGAGCUGCUCUUCCUUGUUGGUUCCAACAAGACUCAGUACACAGUUGUGUCCUCCAUCAUUGCUGGCCUGCUGCACUUCUCACUGCUCUCAGUGUUUUGCUGGUUGUGUCUGGAGGGAGUGGAGCUGUACCUGCUUCAAAGGGAGGUUUUCGAAGGACGCAACUCCAGAAGGAAGUACUUCUACCUGUGUGGCUACUCCAUUCCUGGGCUGGUGGUGGCCGUGUCCGCUGCCAUUGAUUUCCGAGGCUAUGCUGCAAUAACUACAUACUGGCUUCGAACAGACAACUAUUUUAUCUGGAGUUUCCUUGGCCCUGUUGCUGUCAUCAUAACCUUGAACCUGGUUGUCUUGGUCAUGACCUUACAUAGAAUGCACAGCACAGCUGCUUUGAAACCAGACUCCAGUCGCCAUGAUAACUUGAGAGCGUGGGCGGUGGGCUCCCUGACGCUGCUGUUCCUGCAGAGCGUCACCUGGUCCUCAGGUCUGAUGUUCCUGUCUGACAGGACGCGCCUCCUGGCUUACCUCUUCUCCUCCCUCAACACCGUCCAGGCCCUGCUCAUCUCCAUUCUGCACUGCAGCCUCGCCAGGAAGGGUCAGAAGGAGUACGGCCGCUGCUUGCGUUUGUCGCAGUGCUGCGCGACUUCGUCCUCCGGCUCUCCAGAUUCAGUGAAGGGCUCUGCUCUGCGGUCGAACAGUCGCUAUACCAGCAGCCAAAGCCGGCGCGCAACAGCUAACAGACAGAGUCGUAUCAGGAGAAUGUGGAAUGACACUGUUCGCAGACAGACUGAGUCAUCUUUCAUCGCGGCAGACGUUAACAAUACUCCGACACUGAACCGAGCUGCUUUGGGGAACCACUUCCUUACUAAUCCAGUGUUGCAGACUCAUGCUGGAGCUUCACCCUAUGACACAAUUCUGGCCCAGGGAUACAAUCAGCCCUUCACAUCUACAGUAGGAACCUUCAGAAACAAGCAGAAGGGCGGUGUGUCCCAGAGCCAGGAGUCCUGUGGCUUGGACAGCGUGUGUCUCAAUGGAGGCUACACACCCAACACCUUCACGCUGCACGGUCUGGGAACCACACCUGGGUCGCGAGCUGGAGUUGUGGGCAGCACGGACCUUCUGAGAGAGGGAGGAGUGGGACUAGGAGGGGACGACAUCUCCCCGGGCCUGCUGACGCCCCACAGUGCCACGGAUCUGAGCAGCGGCGCAGGGAUGCGCCGCAACCUGUCGGACGCAGCGGCUUUGGAGAAAAUGAUCAUCUCGGAGCUCGUUCAGAGCAACCUGAGGCCCUCCGCCGCCAUGCCCGUUCCGCCUGAGCGCUACGGGAGCCUGGCGAGGCCACACCACCAUGACAGGGUGACGCUUGCCCACACUGCCACUUUAACACGACAUGCACAGCCACCGCAGGAGGCCUGGGCCGCCAAGAUGCAGCCCAACGCACGGCACAACGCGCCCGAGGGCUGGGCGCACGCAAGGCACCACACGCAGGACGCCGAGACCCGUGGACAAGAGCACGCCACAGCACCGCAUUUACAAGACGGCUGGUCUCAUCCACGGGCUGCUGGGGAUUCCGAGUGCCGUGACCUGCUCAAAGACGGGGACAGGUGCCAGCUGCAGGGCACUCUGGGCCGCCGCGGGCUCCAGGACCGGCAGCAGGCGCGCCCACCUGACGUCCAGGCUCGACCCUACUCCACCCUCAGCCGCACCCCCGGGACUCUGUCCCGACACCGCGGCACGGUGGAGGCAAGUCAAGGCACAGACAGGGACAGGGAGAGAGAGAGGGAACGGUACCGGGACAGACCCCUUCCACCUCCUCCUCCCCCUCCCCCCCAGGAGUCAGAGCCCCUGUACAAAGCACUGGAGGAGCCGCUGCUGAUGAAGCAGAGAGAGGCAGGUGUGGACCCAUGGAAAAGUGGCCAGGACAGAGAGAAGGACGAGACAUUUCUCCUGAAAAGAGAUGGAAUGAUGGAAGAUUGGAGGGGAGGGACCAGGGAUGAGUCUUUCACCUCUCAGAAGAGAGAUGGCGAGAUGGAUGAAUGGAGAGGCGGCGUGGAGCGGGGAAGGGAGGAACCUCAUUUGCUGGAGAAGAGAGACGGCCGAGUAGAUGUUUGGCGAGGAGGGUUUGACUCAGAGCAGGAAGAGACUUUUAUAACGCAGAAGAAGGAUUUUGGGAUCGAUGGAUGGAGAGGUGGGAUGGACAGAGAGAAGGAGGAAUCCUUGUUUUUAAAAGACAGAGAAGGAUGGAGAGGAGGGAUUGAACGAGACAACGAACAACCGAAGGAUCGACCACUGGACAUGUGGAGAGGGGGGAUGGAUAUAGACAGGGAGGAGGCCUUCCUGUUUGACAGCAAGGAUGGAGGUCUAGACGGGAGGAGCAGAGGCAAAGACAGAGGGUCGCUCCGUUACCACGGCGAACGGGAGGAUUCGGAGAGUUUUGCUCUGCCUUUGACCCCUGAUCUUGACCUCGACCCUGACUCUUCGCCAAUUUAUGCCCGAGACUCCAACCCCUCCCCACUGUACCCCGGAGACAGCCGCUCGCCGCCUCUCAGCAUCUUUCCCAGAAGCUCUCCCCCCACAAAUAUCUUUGCUCCCCGAGACACCAACUCACCUCCCAACAACCUCUACUCCCGCCACUCCCCGCAGGUGUACAGCCGAAGCAACUCCCCUCCCCGCUUCUACACCCGCACGUCCCCUCCAUCCCUCUCGUACCCCGACAGCAGCCCCGAGGCUCCGGAAGAGGUGAGCCCCGCUGGCCAGCCACAGCGGCCCGUCCUGGAGCUGCCCUACAGCCUGGGGCGGCCCCCGCUGGGCCCGCGGCCCAACCACCUGCAGACCUUCUACCAGCCGCCACCACUGGCAUCCAAUGGAGAGGCUGCGUACACGGCAGAGCCCGCCUCCGAGGGAGACGACGGACAGAUGCAGCGCGUGACAAGCCUGUGACUAGGGCGGUGGUGAUCGGGGCAUAGAAACCAGGGAGGAGGAGGAAGACGGCGAGAAGAGCAACGAGUGAAAGUGAUCUCUGUGAUGCUAAAGCGGAUGACGAAGGAUUACAUAAUGGCACUGAUGGCUCCUCCCUGCUUCUAUGUCCUGAUCACCACGAGACCUUCCCCUUUCCAUGUUUUAUUACUUUUCUAUGACUGUGAUCCAUUUCUAACUCCUCCCGUCCUCCUCUCUCUCCUGAAGCCCUGCUGUUUCUUCCCUUCUCAUCGGUGCUUAGCCCUACUGGCCCCGUCAGAUAAGUUUCUAUUGGUUUGUUGGCUGGGUGUUGCCCCUCCCUGUAGCAAGCAGACAGUGUGUCAAAGAAACACUCAUAUGUUGCCAAAAAAAUCUUUCAAAGAACAUGUGCAUGACUUUAUAAGUGGCUUUACAAGGCUACAUACUGUAGGAGGAAGGUGCUGGGUUGUGUGUGGGGCGUAUGUGUAGGCGUGUGUGUAGCUUGAGGAGCAUGCGUGUGUGUACGGUUUUGUGCGUGUGUGAGAAACAGAGCGUGUGUAUAUACAUCAUUCUUGUAUAAUUAAUGUAUCACAGUGAAGCAUUUUAUUGAUACCAACUGAGGGGCCACUCACACACGUCCCCUCCUACUGGUUCUGAACUCUUGACCAAUCCAAUUUCACACCCCGCCCCCUCCACCUGCCACUAAGUGUUAAUGAUGGGACUUGUUGCCAUUGAGUUUGUGAUAGCAACUGAACUCUAGACUCUAGAGCCAGAGAUCAUAUAAAACCUCAGAACUUUUCUGCAACUCCCGUGAGACCCUUGUACAUAUCGACCUCAAGUGUUCUGAUUGUCUUGUAUUGCUAUUGAAGUUCAAGUAAACAUGUGAAAUAAAUGUUUCUGCCUUUCUGUCCGAGUGGCUGUACAGAGAGAUGGAAGGUAACAGAAGACUGAGGAGUUACGUGUACAGAAGCAGAAGAUGGAGGUUCUGAUGAAGACUAGAACUGUGAGCUGCCAGAGAGAUGAAAAUAUAUUGACGGAGCACAAAUACUAUUAACUGUUGCCAUUCUCGUACUUUGAGUAUUUUCCCAGCUGCUGUCAUACUUUACAUUCAUAAUCCAUGACAUUUCAGAGGCACAGUAUGAAGCUUUCAAUCAAAAUUUACACAAUUUGAAAUGAAUUAAUAUUCACAAAUCCAUAUAUGGAUGGAUACAUGAGUAACGCUUGUUGAUGGGAGCAUAAUUACUCCGAUUAGGCGAUACAAAGAGCUGCAGCCAUUCACUUUGGUGAUUAGAACUGAAGAUACUGUAACAUUUAUAUUUAAUAAAGAACAGACACGAAUAAAAUAUGCACAUGUGCUGAAUAAUUAAAGUUAAAGUUGAUACAUAAUUUGGACUUUUUACUUUGUUGCCUGAAACAUUUCUACAUCGCAAAAAAGAACCUGUACAUAGAUAUUUUUUACUCAAAGGUAAUAAAUAUCACAAAGCUUUGUGCCUUUUUGAGCAUUUUACUUAAAGCUGCACUAAUCAGUGUAGAAUGAAACAGACCUAAUGAUAUGUGUAAUGCGAAGGCACUGUCUGUAUUGACCCAAAGAUAAUUAACUUCAGCUUCAUCGAGCAUUUUAGUGUCUUUUGGCUCAUGUUUUGGUUUUACUGUCUGCAGCUUGAUGUUUAAUGUAGUGUUUGUCCCAUCAUGUUGAUCCAGCUUGCUGUCAUGCACUUUCAUAAAUGCAACCAAAAGGCGGAGACAUAAAGUUGGUAAUCUUCUAGCAAACAUACAUACAGAACUAGCUCCACAUUUAUCAGCUAACGAUAUUUAUGGGAGUUAGUGAGGAUCAAACAGAACUUAUUAUGGUGUUGGGAUUUUUAUCUCCAAAUACAACUUGUGUUGUUUUCUUUUUUUGUUUUUUUUUGGCAAAAUAUGUUAAUAAGAACCUGUUCAAAUCAACUUUAUAAGGUAAUAAGCUUAAUAUUUUCAAUGUACAGGCUUGUGUAGAACAUGAAUUCAUUUGCUUUUGUCAAAAUGUGCAUUUUAGAAAGAAGACAUAAACUAAACUGAAGUGAACUGA